AUGCAUCAGAUACAUCCUCCAAAGUAUCUGUGCAUCUACUAUGGUUAUCCGUCGUUAGUCAAUGACAGUCAAAGGGAUUUAACAUUGGCCAGUAACAAUUUCAAGAAAUUCGAUCUGAUUGUUUUCGGUAAUGGUCUCUGGAAACCGACACACGAUGACCAUCAAAAUACUCAAAAAAUAAUUCAUCAACUUUCUGCUUUGGACAAACAAGUAUUUGGUUACGUUGAUUUGGGUGUAUCGACGGAGAAUUUGGCUGUUGAAGAAAUGAAACACGCUGUUCACGGUUGGAAAUCGAUGGGUGCGAAAGGAAUAUUUUGGGAUGAUGCCGGUUUCGAUUACCGUGUAACACGAGAACGACAAUCACAAAUGUUGGAUUUUUGUCAUGAAUUAAAUUUAGCAUGUAUUAUGAAUGCAUGGAACCCGGAUGAUG